UCCCUCUCGCUUGGUGGGCGUGGUAUGACUUGGGAAACAAACUGCAGAGACACUACGAUACUUCCUCACCCCGCAUCAGUUGAGUUUCUCCGCGGCUCAGCGUCAACCAGGCGGUGCUAAUUCCUCAAACAGUCGAGUUGCGCCUUUUUUCCAACUGGAGUUUUUGCGCGCUGGGUGUCGCGCACAGUGACAGCAGGGGCGACCGGCCGCACGUCCUAACAAGAAAGACCACUGUGGUUGUUAUCAGAUGGGGGAGGAGAGAAGACUGCACCAGCGAGUGCCAAACGCCGACAGCACUUUGAACAGGCAAAGCCUUCAGGACCCGUCAUGUACUAGUGAGAGAAGGAGUUGUUGUAGAGCAACAAGACGCAGGAGACAGCGACAAACAUGAGCGGCGGAGAAAUCAUCUUCCAAGGCUGGCUGAGAAAGUCGCCUCCUGAGAAGAAGCUGAGAAGAUAUGCAUGGAAGAAACGCUGGUUCAUCCUUCGCAGCGGCCGUAUGAGCGGCGACCCCGAUGUGCUCGAGUACUACAAGAACGACCACUCCAAGAAGCCCAUCCGGGUCAUCGACCUGCACUGCUGCGAGCAGGUGGACGCCGGCCUCACCUUCAAGAGGAAGGAGUUCCAGGACAGCUUCGUGUUCGACAUCAAGACCUCCGACCGCACCUUCUACCUGGUGGCCGAGACCGAGGAGGAGAUGAACAAGUGGGUCCGCUCCAUCUGCCAGUUGUGUGGGUUCAACCAGUCCGACGACAACCACGAUGGCAGGUCGUCCCAUAUGCCCCGUUCCCUGGGCUCAGAUGUCACCGGCUCCAUGGCCCCCCUGAUCCGCGACGGCAAGUCGUCGGCCCCCAUCCACUCCAGCCAGCCGGUCCUCUUCACCUUCGACGUGCCUGUGCGCCACUCACACCACAGCUCUCUGUCCAACAGCGCGCCCCAGGACUACCUCCUCCUCCACCAGUGCAUGAGCAGGAAGACGGAGAGUGCACGAAGUGCCAGUUUCUCUCAGGCCACGCGGAGCAAUCUGUUUGUGGGCAGCGACUCGGCCGUGCAGAAGCUCUCCCACGGCUUCUCCCACUGCCUGAACGGCAUGGGCGCCCAGCUGCACGGCUUCUACAGCCUGCCCAAGCCCGGGAAACACCAGCUACCCGCGCACGACGACUCCCCGCAGGAGGCCUGCUACGUGCUCCCGCGGGGCUACAGCUCCGAGUCCCCGGCUCACGGCGGCCUGGGAGAGCUGGACCUGGAGAACGAGGAGGUGUACACCUUCAAAACACCCUGCAACGCCCUCGCCCCCGUGCACGGCAGCGAACGCCCGCCCGACAAUUACGACCUCCCCACGCCGCCCGGCUCCUUCUAUCAGAUCCCUCGGACAUUUGACAAGAACCACAAUGCCCUAACGCCGUCCAGCUCUGAGUCAUCCUGCGCCCCUCCUCCCAGGCCGCCCAAACCCAGCCAGGGGUCGGAGGGCCAGUGGGGGAGCCCGCAGUCAAUAGGGAGCCAGAAUGGAGAGGUGACCACCGCGGUGUCAGUCAUCCCACGCCGAAACACUCUCCCCGCUGUCGAAAAUAUUAGACUGCACAGAGGCUCCUCCUUUGAAACGAACAGCCAUCACCGUCCCGUCUAUUUCAACAACUCAGGCCAGUCCGUGGAGUCCGUCAAUGAUGGCUUCAGCUCCUACCUGAGAACCAAAGCCCCUCUGACCCGCUCAGACAGCGGCAACUCAGAUGACAACUAUGUGCCCAUGAAUCCUGGCUCCUCGCCACUCAACGCCGCCCAGGCCGACAGUCCCAAGAACAUCUACAUUCCUAUGAGCCCCGGGCCACAUCACUUUGACUUCCCAGGAUUCUCCGCUACACUACCUGCCCGCAAGGGGAGCACGGCGUCCCAGUGUCACCGCCCCGGCCGCCUCAGCGAUGUCACCCCGCCGCCCAUCAACCGCAACCUCAAACCCAACCGAAAAUCGAAGCCAACACCUCUUGAUUUGAGGAACAAUGGGAUCAUUGAUGAGCUGCCAUUUAAGAGCCCAGUCACCAUGUCCUGGACACGGCCCAUGCCGACGAUGAACUCCAUGUCCUCCCAGCACUGUCGACCCAUCUCCACACAGAGCAUCACCAGCACCGACUCCGCAGACAGUGAGGAGAAUUAUGUGGCUAUGCAGAACCCAGCGUCUACCUCCCCGGCCAUGAGCGGUACCAGCAGCCCCGCCCCUCGCAAAUGUGGCAACGUGGACUAUCUGGCGCUGGACUUCCAGCCCGGGUCGCCCAGUCCUCACAGAAAACCCUCAACAUCCUCUGUGACCUCUGAUGAAAAGGUGGACUACGUGCAGGUUGACAAGGAAAAGACCCAGGCGCUGCAGAACACCAUGCAGGAGUGGACCGAUGUGCGGCAGUCUGCUGAGCCCGCCAAGGGGGUCAAGUCCUGACACUGACCUGCACAGAGAAAUGAAUAAAAUAAAAUACAGAAAACUCUCCUAUUAUUUCAAAGCAUCCCCAGUUUAAUUCUUCUGUCAUGUUUAUGAACACUAGUUGGGCUUGCUAAAGACGAAGCAUGGGGACAAAAAGCCAUAGCUUAUCCUCGCCUGCAGAGAUAGCCGCUCUCCCUGGCGGCUGUCUCUGCGCUGAAGUGCACUGCUAACACACGCAGGAUGUCAGGCCAUACAGUGAAGCGCCCUGCCAAAGCUCUUCAUGGAGACUGUUAUUACACCAUAUGGACAAUUGAUAUUGCAUAUGAAUUAUAUCAUCCCGACUUAUGAAGUUCAAUCCAUCCUCCACAAUGUGCAAGUGUUUAAGCUGUCCCACUGCAAGGGCGCCCGCUCUGCAUCAGUGGCAUGUUUUCUGCAUCGAGCAGGUUAUUUACCAGAUUGCUGCCAUUUUAAAACGAGUCGCAGCGUCUAACUGGUCAAUAACCGUAUUAAUAUAGGCGUACGAUUGCUGGUCUCAGGAAUGCCAAGAUGCACUCUCAUUUUGGCAUGCAGGCAGGCUCUCUCUUUUCACUUCAAUCUAUCAUUUGUGCUGAGUCCUGCAGAACCAGAGAAGAGAUUAUUUUCACUGCAGGCAAUCGUUUCAGCUUAGCAGUGCAUGUCUGGUGAGAGGAAAAAAUACAGCCGUACAAAAAAAGGCCCGUGUCACAAGCCCUUAUGAUAACUUUAGAUGACUGUUGCUUCGGUUUGAAUUAAGUAUGAGCUCAAACCAUAUUUAAGAGCUGUCCCACGUGAAGGCAGGCCAAUUAUUUAAGUGCAGGUACAGAAGUCAGUAACCCCUAGAUGUACAGUAUAAAGAAAACACAACCGAUGAAAAGAAGCCAUCUUUCUAGUUUUGACUUCAGUGCUCAUUAACUGAUUUCAGAUAAUACUAUAAUGCAUUUCAUGGUAAAUGUGCACUGACAUAUGUAGUUGUUGAGUUUGAGGGAUUUAAAAAAUGAAAUAAAUCAGGUUUGGUUUGCAAGGAGUUAAGAUGUCCUUCCUCUCUCUCUCUCUCUCUCUCUCUCUCUCUCUCUCUCUCUCUCUCUCCCUCACUCUCUCUCUCUCUCUCACUCUCUAAAAAUCAUGGAAGUGCUCAUAAAUACAAGCUAGAAAGGAUGAGGAUAGCAUAUUUAUGUAUUGCAGGAUUCAACAAAAAAAAAAAUAGCACCGUACCAACCCCAGUCAUGUGUUCACUGAUUUAUAAGGUCUUUGAUGUGGCACACACACUACAGCUAUUUCUGUUAUGAGUAACUGUUUCCAGUACAUAUUAAUAGAAUGACGUAUUUCCAGCACAUCUUGUGUAGAAAAUCGGCUUUUUACCGUUAGAGAUUCAAGGCACUUGUGCGAGAGGAAAGGUGCAGCACAGUAAUGUGAUGUAACGUGCUUUUCUUGUAAAAGCUGCCUGCCACAAAGAAAAUUUGCCAAUGAUCGUACGUUAAAAAUGAAUGAGGAAAGAAUGUUAUCUGAUUUCCCAGACUCCUCUCCCUUGUUUAUGACGAGAUUUAAUUGCCUUAUAUUUUUUACUUCAGUUUAGAGUGGAACCUUUUCCUUGCAGAAGAAAAUAAACAUUGACAAUGUUAAUAUAAACAGCCAGCCAUAUUGUAUUUAGGACAAGUGAAUUAUCAUUUUUGUAGUCCCAAUUAAGUCCAAUAUUUCACUGUGGGCUGGAACCACUCAAGGGGUGAUCCCUAUGUGCACUAUAUGACUAGUGUGGCCAUGCAGUGCUAGAUGGUAUUAUUGAUGAUUUCAUUAAGAUUUACAUCUUAAUGUUUUUGUACCAUUUUUACUGCUUUUUGUAUUCUUUUUAUCAUUGUUUUUUACUGAUAGGUGUAAGCAGGCGAGAUUCACGCGGAUGAGGGUCAGGCUUAAUUAAGCUAAGUUUGCCACAGAGUGCAUUUUAUUAUUUGUUUUUCAAAUUUCAGAAAUUGAAUUUUUAUGAUCCAUGCUUUCAGCGGGGGGAGGCUGGCAGUCGAGUUGCACUGGCGAAGCCCUUCCCAGGCGAACUGUGAUUCACAAAGAGAGAGCGAGAGAGGAAAGAAAAGACUGAAAAAAAAAAAAAAAAAAAAAAAGCCUGUCUCCCUGUCACUCUCUGAAGUGAAAUGGAUGUGUAAUUUA